GGUUUUUUCAUACCAUUAAUAAAAAAAUUGCAGAGAUCCGACUUUUUUGUUUCCCUUUUAAUGAGAAAAAUCCCAAAUCAGGGACAAAAGAAGAAGGAAGAGCAAACCCUAAUUAUCCGAUCAUGCCACCAAACAACAAUCUGAGAAGCGUAAUCCAGCAGUGCCGCAAUUUCAUAGCGAGGUCUCGCGGAUCAUCGUUCUCUAGUGUUAACAAUGGCAGCGGUGGUAAGUCUAAGUUUGAUAGUUGAAAUGGGAAUUAGCGUGCAAGCUCUACCUCCGACUUGUGGACCAGAUUGUACUGAUGAAUUCUUGAAAGAAGACUGCAACAAAUAUUGUGUAGGUUUGUCUUAUAAAAAUGGUGCUUGCAUUUUAUUCAGAGGAUUUCCUUCACAAAAUCGUUGUUGUUGUUUUUAAAUGAAAAAAUAUAAUUCUUCAUACUCUUUGAUCCAAUAUGUUUUA